AUGGCGCUCGACGACAAAGACUAUCCCCGCGUGCUGCAUCUCGAGGAUCUCCCCCAUGGCUACUACCGCAGCGUCAAGUUCAUCGCGUCGAUCGCGGGCGUCUGCUUGAUGGCCAUCAGCUUGUAUCUGGGGUUUGUGUUGCCGGCCAACACCUUGUCCAUCAUCAACGAGGAUAUCGGUCCAGAUCCGAAUUACGUUCUCAUCUCGACCGCCUACACCCUUGUCAGCGGGGUCGGCCUCCUCCUGGUCGGCCGGCUGGGCGAUGUUCUCGGACGACGAUACUUCCUCAUCGGUGGCCAGACGAUUGGCUUUGUCGGUGCCCUCGUUUGCGGCCGCGCCCAGAACAUUCCCACUCUGAUCGGAGGCUCCGUCCUGACGGGACUGGCCGCCGCAAACCAGCUCACCUUCACCUUCGUCGUGUCCGAGCUCGUGCCCAAUAAGUACCGGCCGAUCGUCAACAGCGGCCUGUUCGUCGCCGUGCUGCCGUUCGCCGCCUUUGGGCCGCUGAUUGCCGAGCUGUUCGUCAAGAACACGGCGCAGCGCUGGCGCUGGAACUACUACCUCAACGUUAUCAGCUGCGGGCUGUCGGCGCUGCUGUUCUUGUUUUUCUACUUCCCGCCGGGGUACAGCCAGCUGCAGCGCAACGUGUCGCGCUGGGAGCAGGUCAAGAAGAUGGACUAUGUGGGUUUCGUAUUGUACUCUGGGGGGCUGGUUCUAGUUAUGCUGGGAUUGUUAUGGGGCGGGAAUUCCUACCCGUGGGAUUCGUCCCAUGUCAUCGCGACGCUGGUCGUAGGAUUCGUAUCGCUGGUUGCGUUCGUCCUCUACGAGGUAUUUGCCCAUCCGGAACAACCGCUGCUGCCGACCAAGAUCCUCAAAAACAAAAACUACCUGGCCGUCAGCGUGGCGUCCUGCGUGGGCACCAUGAUCUACUUCUCCAUGAACGUGCUGUGGCCGCAGGAGAUUGCGGUCCUCUAUCCGAGCGACGCGGUUGAAGCGGGCUGGCUUGCGGUGAGUUUAGCAUAUCCGUAUGGCCUGUAUACAUGUACUGACGAUGUAGUCCACCGUCGGCUGUGGCGUCGUCCUCGGAGAGAUCCUGUCUGGCGUGUUGAUGAAGCCGCUCGGGCAUGCGCGAUGGCAGUUGUUUGGCGCGACCGUGUUCAUGACGGCGUUCAUGGGCGCGAUGGCAUCGGUCAACCAGCACCGGCGGUCUUCACCUUCCUGGGCGGCCUAGGCGUCGGCUGUCAAGAGAUGGUCUCAAUCAUCAUGUCCGCGCUGGUAUGCGAUCCGCAGGACAUCGGUCUGGCGAGUGGACUUCUCGGAUCGCUGAAGCAGGUCUCCGGGACGAUCGCGACAGCGAUCUACGUCUCGAUCCUGCAGGGGCGCAUCAAGCAGGAGCUAGCACCGACAGUGACGGCGGCAGCACUCAACGCAGGCCUGCCGGAAUCCGACAUGCCAGCGCUGCUGAAAGCCGUGACGGCGGGGGCCAGCACGGCGCUGGAGUCGGUGCCGCACAUGACGGCGCAAAUCGCGGCAGCUGUGGGUGACGCGCUCCAGACGGCGUACUCGAGGUCGUUUCAAACGGUGUACCUAGCGGGCAUUGCGUUUGGCGGCGUCGCCACGAUCGCGGCCUUUUUGACGCGCAGCAUCGACGACCGCAUGACGUCGGAAGUAGCGCGGAAGCUGCGCCAUAUCGAUUCGGAUGGAAGUUUGGCGGGGGUGGAAAGUAAUGCAGCGGCGGCAGCUGCUGCAAAGCAAGAGAAGGAAACAUGCUAG